CUCUUUAAUUUGAAAACAUGUCUAAGGCAACAACAUUUGCUCAACAUUUCUUGCAGGCUCAAUCUUUCACACUUCCUGUGUGGUAUGCAGUUUUUUUCUCACAUCGGCUCAAAAGUGGAAGUGGACACGACAUCGAGACACUGCACAGCGACAAAGACAGCGUGUAAGAUAACUAACAACUUUUUAAAAUUAGUUUUAUUUUCUGAAGUGGCAUUUGAGAGUUUGGACGUAGAAUGACGAUCCUCCUCAUCUUCACCUUCUGCCUGAUAAUAGCUGAUACUGAUGCUGUAACUACAGUAACUGGAUACAGAGGAAGAUCAGUUCAGAUUAAAUGCCCCUACGAAUCUGGAUAUGAAGAAUACAUAAAGUACCUCUGCAGAGGUGAAUGUUCCAUUUGGUAUGGAACCACAGACAUUCCUGUUGAAUCUGGAUCUGCUGCUAAAGACACCAGAUUCUCUCUGUAUGACGACACAACAGCCAAAGUCUUCACCGUCAACAUCACUGAUCUGAGACCAGAGGAUACAGGCACUUACUGGUGUGCGAUAGAGCGGACAGGGCUGGAUAUUUACACACAGAUUCUACUGCUGGUGAAAACGGAAGAGCCUUCCAUCAGUACUGUCUCACAGUCCACACACACCACACACUCCGCUUCAACACAUAUCGUGAGUCCAUCAGUGCAUGCUGAGACCACACAUUCAACAACUAAUCCAUUAAAUAGUGACCUCCAAACCAUCGCUCCCUCACCCCAUGUUAUUCCAGGAAUAGCUAUCUACAUCAUGAUCAGUACAGGUGCAGUGUUGUUAACUGUUGGUGUGUUUAUAGCAAUCUACUGCAACAUAAAUCGUCAAGGCUCUGAAACAGUGACACAAUCUUCCAGAGAGACAAAUGGAGAUCAUGAAAAUGACCAGAAUUUACUUCCUCUUCAAGCAAAAGAAAAAGCCACUUUACCUGAAUCUGUCUAUCAGAGUCUGACCUUUACUAAUAACCAAUCAGACUCAGUCUAUCAGAGUCUGACCUUUACUAAUAACCAAUCAGACUCAGUCUAUCAGAGUCUGACCUGCACUAAUAACCAAUCAGACUCAGUCUAUCAGAGUCUGACCUGCACUAAUAACCAGUAAGAUACAGGACACCACUGUUCACCAUCCAAGUGGACUAGGUUUAAUGUUCACAGUGAUUACUGUUUCCCCAUUGUUGUUUUUUUUUAAUUUUUUUUAUUUUUUUGACUUUUUGCCUGGCUUGUGAUUUACAUGUUUGCUCUUUGUUUUUGAACUGUUUCUAAAUGAACUUCUAUUCCUUUCUUCAACUUGCAACUUAUCAUCAUCAUCAUUCUUUCCCACACUAGCCAUGCAUGUAAUGAGGCUGUACAUAAAAUCAUUUUUUCACUGAACAAAUCAUUUAUAAUUGAGUUUGUCAAAAAGUUUUAUUUAUUUAUUUUUCAUCAUUCCUUCUGCUUUUAGAAUUACAAAUAAAAAACCCAAAAAUACAUGUAAGAUAUACACUUCAUAUAUUUAACUCCAAUGUCAUUGUAACUAAGAUUAAAUAAGAUUAUAAAUUCAUCUUGUGUUCCCAUGACUCUAAUUUCAUUUUCAUAAAUAAUGCAGGAAUUUGUCUUGCAUUUCUCUUUUUUGACUCAUAUGUCUUUGGCAACUCUUAUUAAUGUAUAAUUUGUUCUGUUGGUUUCAGGAAUAAGCACGUUGUCCAUGUCCAAGCGGUGAAACUGUCCCUUAAACAAAUACACCCUAUUUGAACAGGUUCAAAUGAUAUCUGGGAUUUCUCGGAUUUCUAAACUAUAAUGACUCUAUGCGCAAUAUUCUUCUUAAACCAAGUUGAUUUUAACUGCCAGCCACCCUGAGAAACAAACAAACUCAAUAGGGAAGGUUUCAGGAAGUGUUUCGAUCAGUUUCAUGUGGUCUGUAGGCACAAUAAUGAACACUGGUAUGACUACUGCUGGUUAAAAUGUGGUUAAUGCUUACAAUUUUUAUCAUAAUUGUGUACUGAAAAAAUAAGAGAGUAUACCUUUUUAUUUUCCUCAUGUCAUUCUCAAGUUCUAGUCUUAAAAUUACCAAGCAAAUCCAGUAUUACACCUCAAUAUUACUCCUGAACUGACUUAGAAUAUAGCUUCAAAAAUGCUAAAGGCGUCACUGUAAAAUCUAAUACAAUUCUCACAA